GGAAGGCGCCUGCGCAGAGGCGGCUGCCGGCCCGGCAAUGGCGCACCGGGCGGGCGGGCGUGCGCUCUCCCUGCUGCGGGGCCGUCUGCGCCUCCCCGGCCCGGCAGCGGCCGGCGGCUGCGGGCAGGCCCGCCUCGGUUCCUCCGGCCCCGCGGUGCGGAGGGCGCCGCAGGCAGCCGGCGCCGAGGAGGCGGGUGAAGAUGCUGAAGUCAAUACCAGAAAGAAGACAUUCACUGAGGUCCAAACAGAACGAUUGGAGCAAGCAGAACGGACUGUUUUAAUUAAGUGCCCACCAAAACUUAAUGAAAAGAAAUUAUUGCAGUAUUUAUCCAGUCAUGGAAACAUUAGGAGUCAUUUCUUUUUUGAAAAUCGUGGUAUCCAUGCUUUAAUAGAAUUUUCGGAAAAGAACAGUAUAGCUUCAUUGCAGGAUGCUGUUGGAAUCCCAAGUGCUGCAGAGCAUCAUGUUGUCCCAUUUAAAUCUAGACUUUUUACUUUCACACUGAAAAACCCAGUGAGUCAAGCUGCUGAAGAGACACCAGUUCACCUCUCUCCUCAGUCUCACAUUCCAGUGAAAGAGCUUAUUCAAAAGCUUUCUCAUGCAGACAGUAUAAGCAAUCAGAUGUACAUUCUACUGAAUGAGUUUCAGCUUACGGAAGAAAAUAUCAAGCUCCGAUUUCUGGCCUGUUCUCUGGUUCGGGAUUUCGCACGUGCAUAUUUUCCAGACAGCAUGGUUAAGCCUUUUGGCUCUUCAGUCAACACCUUUGGCAAAUUGGGAUGUGAUGUGGACAUGUUUCUGGACUUCCAUGAUGUACGAAAGCAUGCUACAAAAAUGAAAAAAGGUCCUUUCGAAAUGGAGUAUCAGAUGAAAAGAUUACCAUCUGAAAGAUUAGCAACUCAGAAAAUUCUUUCUGUGAUUGGUGAUUGCCUUGAUAAUUUUGGUCCUGGAUGUGUGAGCGUACAGAAAAUACUCAAUGCUCGCUGCCCGCUGGUGAAGUUUUCCCAUCAACCAACAGGAUUCCAGUGUGAUCUGUCAGUGAGCAACAGCAUUGCUAUAAAAAGUUCGGAACUCCUGUAUAUCUAUGGCUGUCUUGAUCCCCGUGUAAGAGCGCUAGUGUUCACUGUACGAUGUUGGGCCCGUGUUCAUGGACUUACAAAUAGUGUUCCUGGUAACUGGAUUACAAACUUCUCUCUGACCAUGAUGGUCAUGUUUUUUCUGCAAAAGAGAUCACCACCUAUCAUUCCAACACUAGACCAACUUAAAGAACUGGCAGAUGAAAAAGACAAGCAUAUAAUUGGAGGAUAUGAUUGCUCAUUUGUUAGUGAUUUAAGCAAGAUUAAACCUACAAAAAAUACAGAAACACUUGAUGCAUUGCUGAGUGACUUUUUUGAAUAUUUUGGAAACUUUGAUUUCAGAAAGAAUUCCAUAAAUCUUCGAAAGGGAAAGGAAGUAAAUAAACCUGAGUCGUCUCCUCUUUAUAUCUGGAAUCCCUUUGAACAAGACCUUAAUAUCAGCAAGAAUGUUAAUCAGCCGCAGCUGGAGAAAUUUGUAGCUAUGGCCAGAGAAAGUGCUUGGAUUUUGCAGAAGGAAGAGAAAACUCAGCGAAUGAUCAAUAAAGAGCCUUGGGGACUGGCAGCCCUACUGAUACCAUUUGGAAAAAGUAAUCCCAGCAAGAUGAAGAAUAGGAUGAAAGGAAUGGGAAGUGAAACAAUCAGAAGCCUCUUGGACUCUUUAAAGUUAAAUAAUGCAAACACUACAAAAAGCAGUGGGAAAGUGACUUUCAGCACAGAAACACAGUAGCUGAUAUUCUGUUUUAGGAAUUGAAUGUGACACACAGUCCAAAGAACAUUACUUUUAAUAUUUCUAUUAUGGUGAAAUGGAGAGUCAAAUGACCUUUGUUUUCCAUCAUGAUGCUUUUUGUACAGGUCUGCUUUCUUUCUCUACUUUUUUCUCCUUACUCUUUACUUCUCCAUGUGUUUUAUGAAUGAAGAGCAUUCAAGUGCAACAGAUAGAUUUUGGAAUUAGCCUUCAGUUGGGCACGCUUUGGAAAAAAAAAAAAAAAGAAAAAGACUAACAGGAUCAGCAUGGGAAAAAGCCUUUGGGAAUUCUGUUUGCUAACAUACAAAUGAUAUGCUAAGUAACAGCUCAAGAAACAACCACCUUUCAGUGAAACCACAGUUUAAAAGAAGAUGAUUGUUAGAACCGUUGCUUCCAUUCUAGUCGUGUUCUGGAAGCCAGUAAAACCAAAGUGCAUGUAUCUAUUUUUGCAGUUGUUUUCCAUUCGUGUAGAUAGUGCCAAGACAAAAUAAAGAGAAUGGAAUUAGAUAGUAAGGUUUGCAGUUUCAUAAAGCAUUGCUCUCCAAGGGUAGUGCAACUAGUUUGUGUUGGAGAAGUGGGUUUGUUCUUGUGUUUGCCACCUGAUCUCAAUUUUUUUCAGUCAACUCUCUUUUGUUUUCUGUACCCACAGGACUGGUUCCCACCCACAUUUAUAUACACACUCAUGUUUCUCAUUUUGCCUUCAACUUCACUUUAAACCUGUAUUUCAGGUUCAGGCAGGGGCUUUUGCAUGCCCUUCUUGCCUCAUCAUUCUCCUCAAAGUUGCUGCCUACUUGACAACACCAAAGCCUUUAUCUCUCUCUUCCUUGCAGAGGGAUCUGUUGUUCUUUGCAGCAGUCUUUAGGGAAUCAUGUAUCGUGCUAGAGUCGAGUUCCUAUUCUUCUCCUGUUUUUCAGAUAUUCAACAGAACAGGGACAGAUAAAUGUCAGAUAGAUUUUUCCAGGUACAUUUGUGAGUAUUCUACCUGUCCACUUUGAGAGCCUCACGUGCAUUAAAACUAAAUGGCAAUGGUCGUAAGAGCUCUACAGACUGUUGUCUUUAUUCUUAACAGAAAUGCUAUACAAGAAAUUACUGUAACUGAAGAGAUUAUCAUACAGAUGCAACAUCGAUGCUGAUGAUUACUGUUUCAUUUUCAGUAUUUUUAGAUUCUUUGCAGUGGUAUAUGGUUUUGUGUAGACUUUCUUUCUAACGGCGUAGUCUGAACGGUUAAAAAGUAUGUUUUCUCUUUUCCCUGAGGUAUUAUUUGUUGGAAAUACUGUGGGCUGUAAUGCAUACUUCCAAAGUACUUGUAAGAACUGGGCAAGGAAAAGCAUUUUCCAGCAGUUGGUAAAGGGUUAGACCUUGAGUGGCAGGAAGACCCACUUACAGAUCAAUUCCAUGUUAAUUUAUUUGGAAUUUAAAAUAUUAUUCAUAUGUGUCCGUUUCUGAUUCAUUGAUGUUUUCUCGAAUAAUGACUCAUGUAGUCAUUAUCUUGGUCACAGGAAUUAACUUCUUCAAGAUCAAGCCUUGAGUUUCAAACUUAGUUUUAUACCUAAAUCCUGGUGCUAGUGUGUGGACUUCUUUUUGGAGGCUGGUAUGAAGUUUAUUGUAACUUGUUAUUGGUGCUCACCUAAAGCCUUUGAUAGCAAGCUUGGCACUGAUUCUGUAAGGAGUUUGUUGCGACUUUAAUCUUUAUGGAACCUAGAGGUACAUUUUCUGCUGUUCCUCCAGCAAUAGACUUUGAAGAAGAUUAGGGCACUACUUGAGUACUUGUGAUUUUUCUUUUUUCCAGCUAAACAAAACAGGUAAUACUGCUGUGCAAUAAUAAGAAAAUGGCUUAUCAGGGACAGAAGCAUACAGCAGAGAACUGUGUCAUUAUAUUCACAGUAGUUCACUCUGACAUAGACAGGAAAGAUUUUAUAAGAAUUUUGACACACAGACACAGGACACUUAUAGGCAAAUACCAAUGAACUUUGUAAUUUGGUUAUACAGUCGAGCCACGCUGUAAAUGCGUAUAGGCGUUCGAGCUGCUUAGUAUUCCUUAAAAUGCAGAGCAGAAAGUGGUUACUGUACACGCAGCGCCUUUCAGCAUCACUUUUCUGUUUAGAUUGCUUGUCCCUUUUGGGAAUAGUUCUGAACCCUUGUCAUGGCUACAGGCCAAUUUCUGAAAAGAACAGAAAGAAGCCAAAAGCAGCGUUGUAGCAAUGGAAACGCGCAGGUGAUUGUUUCAGAUGUCUGCAAGUCCAGGGAGCUGGAGACCAGAUGCUGAGUGAAGCCUGGAGACUUCAAGGAGCAGCUAUCAUUGGUGAAAUAAAUAAGCCCGACUGGCAGGUUUCAUAGAGGAGGCUGCUAGCUGGGGAUGCAGAGCCGACCGUGAGCUUCCCUAGAGCACGAGCAGCGUCUGGGAGAAAAGCUGUGUGACACUGGUGGAACUGAAGCCACCUGUGGGAAGAGAACCAGACAGAGAAGAGGAGGACCAAGAUUUGAGGGGGUGUAUUUUGCAAAUCAAGAGAGAUGGCGUGAUUCUAAUUUCUUGAGGGCAGCAGCCUUAUCACGUUGAAGAUGGUUAGAAACAAUCCACGUGGUUCUGUCAGUGAAAACAAGGGUUGGAUAUUUGUCAAGAAAGGACCGUAGUGACAGUCUGUAAAUGAGAGCUUGUUUAUCUCAUCCAAAGGCAUGUAAACAGUGUCUUGGCAAAAGUAAGGCAGUAAGUUUUAAGUUACUUCUCAAACUUGGUGCUAUAUUGUAGAGUCAGAUUGUUGGGGAAGACGCAUGUAAGGAACAUCAGUGAAUUAAACACGUUUUUGCCCCCCUGCCCCUUCCCCUCACUGGGAAUGCGUUUUAGUGCAGUCUCACAUUCCCUGUCUCUUAACUGGUUAGGGAAACUGCAGGCACUUGGAAGUUCCUUGCUCUGAGAAAAUGCUCUUUGGGACAUUAACUUCAAGUUAACAUUUGUUGCCAGGGAUUUUUUUUAUUUUUCCCAGAUAUUUGAUGUUCACAAGAGUUGCAGGGAUGGGUUCUGCUGCAGUGCUACUCCUCCAUCAUCACUCUGUAGCUUCCUGGGAAUCUGCAGCCUUGGUCUCCAGUUAGCUGCUGGGUGAGUGCCUAUGCGUGAUACUCAUGGCUAAGACAGUCACAAAACUGAGACUUCUUGGCUGGCAGCAAAUGCUGUAUUCCUCUGCCUCUAUUUCAAAACUAUAGUUCCUGCCUGGGGAUUCUGUCCUUUGGACUUUGGAUCGUAGUAUAAUUCAGGUUGGGAGAGACCUCUGGUCCUAGUCAAGCCUUCUGCACAAGCAAGAUCAGCUGUGAGAUUAGACCAGGUUCCUCAGGGCUUUAGCUAAUCAGGCCUUGAAAAUCUCCAAGGAUGGAGACCGCACAGCCUCUCUGGACAACCUGUUCCAGUGCUUGACUGUCCUCAUCACCCUGAUGGGCUGGUCUGUGAUACACUGCCACGUCCUCAUCACUCAUACCCGCUUCUUUUCCGAUCCUGACCCGCACUCUCAAUCAGACUGCCAUCCAUCACAAGCUGCUCUUUCCUGUAAAGAGCCCCCUCCAGUCUUUCCCUUCUUCCUUCCCUGUCUUCCCGAGGAGCUUGUAUCCGCCUGUCGCACUGCUCCCACCACACGUGAGCUCUCCCACUGUAUCUGUUAUUCCAACAGUGCUGUAGUAGUGGCAUGUGGAGCUCUAGUUCCUCCUUGUUCCCCGGCUGCCCACAUUUCUAUCUGUACAUUUGAGGUGGGUACCUGUUCAUCCUUUUUUAUUGUUCUUGAGGUCCCAUGACAUGACACUCAUGCAGGUGUGGAAGAGGACUUUGCUGCCCAGCAGAGCUUGUCAGCUUGGAUUUGGCACGUGGCUGAUGCUCUCUUACUUGUGGGUCCAGAGCAGUCGGGUUCUCGGGUGCAGCGUAGCUGUACUCCACACUCGUGCUGGGUCUGUGGUCGUUGAGGAAAGGUGUUCUUACAACAGCAUGUCUGCCUUCUUGCAGAUUUAUUUCUAAGUCCAAUUUAGUUUAUACUCUCUGGGGGGCACAGGCUAUGUUUUUACUUGAUGCAAUUUUGUACCUUUGGAAAAAGGAAAGAUAGACAAAGAACCUUUAUUUAAAUAAUUUUGCCAACAGACUAGUUAAAGGUCCAUGCCAAUUUUAACUGAAGCAAGUUUAGGGUUUCCAGCCCGGGCUGCUUUGGAGAUCUGAUGAAUCAACAAUUCGGAAGGUUUUUGAAGUGAAAUCAUCCUGUUCACUGGAAAGCUCUCUCUUCCAAAUGCUUUGUCUUGCUUACCGCAAAAUUACCACCAAGGUUCUCUUCUAGUACAAAAUUCUUCUAAACGUCACGGGUAAUUUGGGGUCAGUUUGUCUAAAACAAGGGUUAGGAUUUAUACAAGGCUAACCUCUGCCUGGAGAUAAAAUCUCUUCCUCCAUAAGUCUUCUGAAUUGAAAGUCUUGAUCCACUGCUUUUGCAGACUUGUUCCUUGUCCUUUCGUUAAGUAGAGGGUUGGUUUGCUUUCUUUUGCAGGACCUUCCUGCUUCUUUCCCCCUUCCCCAUUGUCUUUUCAUCAUAUCUGAUUGAUCUGGCCUGUAAAAAAUAGUAUUUCAUUUGGCCCGGAGUAUUUUGUGGAGCAACAGUGAAUACAGCUGCAUUCAAGACACGAGUAGUUUUUAAACUGUGGCUCUCACAUUGCAAUGCAACUUUUUUCAACUGCUAAAUUUCUUGUGUAGAUUGAUUCUAGCGGGAGGUGUCCCUGCCUAUGGCAGGGGGUUGGAACUAGAUGAUCUUUAAGGUCCCUUCCAACACGAACCAUUCUAUGAGUCUCCAUACUGCCUUUUCCCUAGCUUGUAGAGGGAUCAAUUAGCUGGACAUGAUUGGCCUCACCUAUACUAACCAUGUAUUUUUCGGAAGUCUGUUCACUUAAGAGACUUGUUUAACACAGUCUGCAGGAUUAGAAAGCAGAAAUUCCCUGCAAAUUUUUUUGAGAGACGCUUUACCCCUCAAAAUUAUUUCUGUUUUCCUCUGUUGUUAUGGAGAAAACGAUGUUCAAUUUGUUUCACAGAAAGACUUCAGAGAUGGGUUUUUGUUCCCAUGCUGAGCUCUCUUGUGCAUACAGAUUUGUAGUCAAUGUAAACAGUGCAGCCCUGCACAGGAAUCUUGCAUGGAACAACUCCCAGAAUAUGUCUUCUAGGUUUUAUCCUCGCAGCCCGACAGGGGAGGUAAAGGCCCCAUGAAUUACUAAGGCAUAACCUCCCAUUUGUGUUACUGACUCCACGGGAUGGAACAAUUCCCGUAAUUCUGAAUUGCUUUUUCUCAUAUUGAACACAGGCAAAACUGUGCUAUCCUGCAGAAGAAAGGGUACAUAUGUUAGAAGUUGGAUUGUUAGGCUGAAAAACAGUUUUAAUUUAAAUACUUCCUGAAUAUUUACAGCUUAACUUUGGUUUUCUGAAGUCCUCCUCUAGGAGCUAUUACUGGAGAUUUUCAGGAUGAGAGAAAGAACUGGGAGAAUCCAUAGAGGCUUCAUAUUUCAAGUAAUUAGAUAAAUGGUAAUUACUAUUAGAUUAAAUAUCAAAAAUAAUUGUAUAGUGGAAAGUAGUACAUGUAACAAUCCGGCAAUAACAAGGAACGCUGCCUUGUCUCUGUGAACCAAUUUUCCUCCCUUAAUUUUCUGUCGUCCUCCCAGUGGUGCGCUACUUUUUAAAAAAGGACGGGAUUUGGGAGAGCAUACUAAAUGGAAAUUACAGUAUCCAAUACACGGGAGGAUGCGUAUUUAGCCACAACAGUAAAUAAAAAUGAAGCAUUACUGACUCCAUUGUGAAAUGAGAUUCAGAGAUUUUGUGACUCCAAAAAUACAAUAUAGAGAAUUGUUUUGUGGAUCUUUAUGUAAUUCAUACUUCUUCCUUUUGAAAAUUAUCUUUGGACACCCAUCAAAAGAGGCUUUGCUAUAAUUACUUGGUAUCUGAGCUUGCAAAGUAAGGUCUCAUUUGAAAUGACCACGAUCUGUUUUGCUGUGACACUAAGGACCUUAGCUAUUACAGUUCUGCACUAAAAUUCAUGUUUAAGAGGGUUUGCAUUGCAGUUGGCUUAGUAAUGUGGAAUAUUAUCAUUUUCAGUUAUCCUAAAAAUGCAAAUGCUUACGGAUAGCAACGGACUUUCACACUUCUCCCACUUGGGCUGUAUGAUUUUAGUUCCCCUUUUUACUGUAGACAGUAUUUUAAAUCUUUGAAAUGUUUUGCAGCAAGUAAUUGUAUAUUUCUUCUAGGGGAUAAAUAAUAAAGUAAAAUAUCUCCUCUGUA